ACGAAACUUGCUAUGCACUCGUUCCUCUCUCUCUCAAUCUCUCUGUUUCGUUGUAAUAGAAGAGUGUUGAAGCUUUUCUUCUCCCUCUGCCUCUCCCUUCUCUUCUUCUUCCCUUCGCCUUCAACGAAUUCUACCUUUUCUUUUUCUUUUCUUCAUCGCUCAUCGCCGAUUCCGAUUCGCCGCUCUUUCUUUUCCCUUUAUUGUUGAUCCUCUGCGAUAACGAAUUUUCUCGUCCGAUACUUUUCUCGUUUCCUCGGUCGCCAAACGGAGGACAAGACAAGUGCGAAAAGCGCCGGAAAAUGCUGGGGACUGCACUGCAGUUUGGGGGCGUGCGCGGCGGGGAUCGGUUUUACAUUCCGGUGAAGGCGAGGAAGAACCAGAAUCAGCGCAAACAGGCUCACAGAGCCAAGAAUGGCGAAACCGAGAACGCGGAUUUAACUUGGAAGAGCAAAGUCGAUGUUUCUGAGAGUAGCAAUAGCAAUCUGGACCAAUCUUUGAAACCAACUCCGUCACCGCCUGCAGAGUCUGUUAGUAAUAUCGAUAGGUUCUUGGAGUCCACGACGCCGUUAGUCCCGGCUCAGUAUUUCUCCAAGACAACGAUGAGAGGUUGGAAGUUUUGUGAUGUGGAGUAUCAGUCUUACUUUGCGUUGAGUGAUCUCUGGGAAUCUUUUAAGGAGUGGAGUGCUUAUGGAGCUGGAGUUCCUUUGGUCCUUGAUCAAAGUGAGUCUGUUGUUCAGUAUUAUGUUCCGUAUUUGUCAGCUAUUCAACUAUAUGCUCAGUCUGCUGAUAAGACAAGUGCAAAGUCAAGGUACACCAGUGAAGAUAGUGAUGGUGAUUACUAUAGAGAUUCAUGUAGUGAAGAAAGCAAUGAUUAUGAAUAUGGAAAAAGGACUGAAUUUAUAACACAAAGAAACCCUCAAUAUCUAACUGGUGGUGUCUCAAUGCAAAUGAACACUCUAUCUAUACAUGAUAAACACAGUGCAGUGCAAGAAGAAUUUUCUAGUGAUGACAGUGAAACUGGGAAUCCUCAAGAUCUUCUUUUUGAGUAUUUGGAACAAGAUCCUCCUUAUAGUCGUGAACCGUUGGCUGACAAGAUACAUGACCUUGCACGCCACUAUCCUGCCCUCAAGUCAUUGAGAAGCUGUGAUUUAUUACCAGUCAGUUGGAUGUCUGUGGCAUGGUAUCCUAUAUAUCGAAUACCCACAGGUCCAACAACAUUAAAAGCUUUAGAUGGGUGUUUUCUUACGUACCAUACACUCCAUACACCCUUGACAGGAAGUGGUCGUACUCAUGCUCCAACACUGGUUUAUCCCAGUGAGAUGGAUGGUGUACCAAAGAUUUCUAUACCUACUUUUGCGAUGGCUUCCUAUAAGUUAAAGGGAUCUAUUUGGAUGAAAAAAGGAGUUAGUGAGUCUCAACAAGUGAGUUCCCUCUUGCAGGCUGCCGAUAAAUGGUUAAGGAUAGUUCAGGUUAAUCACCCGGAUUUUCAGUUCUUUAAAUCACAUGGGACAUACCAUAGAUGAACUGAAUAAGUCGACAUGUCAUUCCUGCUUUUGGCUAAUACUGAGCCUUAAUUUUUGUUCAUUGCUUGGUGCAAACUUGAUAAAAAAAAAGUUCAUCCAUCUGUAUAGAUUGUGAUGGCGUGAGGACUGCCUAAUUGUGGAUUCUUGUGAUAUGGCUAAUCAGCACAAAAGAUGAAGCCGUUAUCAAGCAAUGAAUUCAUAGAGAUUGCUAAAGUGAAAAAGAAAAAGAAGAAAUGUAUAUGGGUAAAAGCUAUCAGAUAAGUGGAGGGUCCCCUCCUAAUGAAAUGGGAGAAAAACUAAAUAUAAAACCUAAAUGGAGUACGGCAAAAAGUUCACAGGAAGGACACGUGGGAGUAAGCCAGACUGUACAAGCCUUUUCAGUUCAAUAACGGUUGAGAUCCCUUUAAUUUCUAGAGAUAAAUAUUUACAGAUGUUGUGAUUUAGAAGAAAUGGGUGAAAUACUGAGAUUUUGCUGUGUUGCGUGGCCCAAUUUUGGUGCUAUUUCUGAUGAACAUGUUGUUCUGGUGAGAGGAGAGAUGGCAGUGUACAAUAUCAUGCUGUUUUAAAAUAAGUUUUACACUGUUAAGAUGUUUAAUACUUUGGUAUACCGUAGCAAGUGGGGUAAACAUAUGUUGUUGUUGUACUCUAAAGAUGCUACCAAUUAGCUUGAUGGAAGGUGGAAUACUUUGUAGAGAACGUAUGCUGUCAAUCAAGUAGUUUUCACAGUGAUGAA